UCCAUUCUCGCUACUGUUCCUUGUAAAAUGUAAAUAAUGUAAAAACUGCUGUCAGUUGAGUUUGCUAUCAAUCAAAUGGCUUGGUCCAUUCCGUCCAUUCAUUUCUGGUGAAGUUCCAAAAAAUCCGGUUCAAAAUUCAAGGCAUACGAAAAUGACUAAAUAAAAUAGUUUAUAGUGACGCCUCUUCAUUGCUAAGUCACCUGUUGCCAAUUCCUAUCAGGUUGUUUGGACUGGCUAGAGUGCAAUUUGGUUUCCAAUCAAGUUUUCGGGCCGGAGCAAUAUCAGCCUUGAAGCCAUUCGACACUAACAAAUGUAUACUUCUUUUUUUGGAAUUGUAAUGUAUUAAUCAUACGUGGAGCUGUUAGUUAUCUUUACAUCAGGUCAAGAAAGACUGAACGAUCUAGAUGAAAAAAUACAACUACAGUAAACUAAACCAAAGGGACCUGGAAGCAAUAACUCCGGGCUGUUCUACGGGCGGAGGCAUCAUCAAUAGCAACGGCUCUACAGUCAUCGAUACAGGAAUGUAUCUACGCGAUUGGCGCCAAGCUUUAAGAACCCCACCUUCAUACCGAAUUGGCAACCGGACCAUUCGAUUACAGGUACACAUCAUAUGGCCUGUGGUAGUCUUAGGGGCGAUUGUGCUCUUCUUGGUGUACAUAAUUGGCAGUUCAACGAUUUCAAGUGCACCAAGCAUCGUUAGUUUGAAUAAAAAUUCGGUGAUCUUCUACAAUACCACCUAUCCGUUAAGUAGCCCGAUUGUUAGCAAUGGAAUAAACUCGUACCGGAUAGGAGUGAUAGCGGAUUUGGACACAAAUUCAAGGGUGUCUGGAAAAGACUCAUGGAACAGUUAUUACAUGAAGGGCUAUCUGAGUUAUAUUCCCUCGAAAGGUACUGUCACUGUUUCGUGGGAUGAGACGGGACCAACGGAAAUAAAAUCAAGUUUUUCAUUGAAAGGUAAGAAUAAAAUAUUAUUUUCGGUUAUUAAUGUGACAAAACUAGAACAUUUUAUCGAUUCUCCCGGACAUAAAAGUGUUUGUCCUACGUGCCACGCGCACCUGUGCUCAGAAUAAUAGCCUAGGAGGCCG